GCAGAAGGGUACAUGUAGCGGGUGAAAGCUGACGCCACAGAUGUCGCGCCUAUUGUGGCGCUCGCGCUAGUAAACGCGCUGUCGCGCUUUGUUCAGAUUUCGAGAGCCGACGGGAUUUUAUCUUUCCCUCCUUCCCGACCUUUGACCAGGCGUGGGCCACCCCAAAGGUGCAGCAAACAGCAUGAAGUACGUUCUCGUAUCCGGUGGUGUCAUCUCCGGCGUGGGAAAGGGCAUCAUAGCCUCCUCCGCCGGACUUCUGCUGAAGACCUUGGGUGUCAAAGUCACGAGCAUCAAAAUCGAUCCCUACAUCAACGUUGAUGCCGGGUUGAUGAACCCAAAGGAACAUGGCGAGGUCUAUGUUCUCGACGACGGGGGAGAGGUUGAUCUGGACCUGGGCAACUACGAGCGGUACCUCAACAUUACGCUUACCCGAGAGAAUAACAUCACUCUUGGCAAGGUUUUCAUGCAGGUGAUUCAGCAGGAGAGGAAGGGUCGUUAUCUAGGCAAGACCGUUCAAGUUGUACCUCAUGUCACUGGCUGCAUCGAAGACUGGAUUGAGCGCGUUGCCAAAGUCCCCGUCGAUGACACGGGAGUUGAGCCUGAUGUAUGCAUCAUCGAACUUGGUGGAACAAUCGGCGACAUCGAAGGCAUGGCCUUUGUUGAAGCCUUAGCCGAGCUGCGACGAAAUUGCCCGAGGGACGACUUCAUGCAGAUUCACGUGUCAUAUAUCCCAGUGGUGCACGGCGAGCAGAAGACAAAGCCAACACAAAUGGCAAUCAAGGCCGUCAGAUCCGCUGGUCUGAUUCCAGACUUGAUCGCGUGUCGUUGCGAACAUCCACUGGAACAAAGCACCAUCGACAAGGUUGCUCGGUUCUGCCAAGUCCCCAAUCAGUCCGUUCUUGCGGUCCGAGACAUGCCUUCUACGUAUCAGGUCCCAAUUCUACUCGCUGAGCAGCAACUUGUGUCAUUGAUGACCUCGUACCUACGACUUGAUGGACUCAACAUCUCACCAGACUUACAGAAGCGAGGAGCACAGGUUUGGGACACGUGGAGGAGCUUAACUCAUGACGUCCACCGUCUCAUGGAGACCGUCACGAUUGUGCUUGUUGGCAAGUACUUAGAGCAACCGGACUCGUACUUAUCCGUCAUUCGAUCUCUCGAGCACGCUGCCAUGCGAUGCCGGCGAAAGCUGGUGAUUAAGUACGUUGAUUCUGAGGCACUGGAGCGCAGAGAUCAGAAGACAGAGCGGAAGGACAUCGAGGAGUGGGAUCCUGUCAAAUACCACAAGGCUUGGCACGACGUCUGCACUGCAGCUGGAAUUCUAGUGCCUGGAGGUUUCGGCAAGCGAGGUAUCGAGGGCAUGAUUGCUGCCGCCAACUGGGCGCGGGAGAACAAGGUUCCCUAUCUUGGCAUUUGCCUGGGCAUGCAAAUUGCGGUCGUGGAGUUUGCACGGUCGGUAUGCGGUAUCCCACUGCCUCAGGCUGCUUCCUCUGAGGUCGAGAAGACCGAGGACGAGGAUGAGAACGCAGAUGAUGACCGAGACAGAGUCAUCAUCCGCAUGCCUGAGCACCAUGGGAGCGAAAUGGGCGGUACCAUGCGCCUCGGGCUUCGCAGCACUGUCUGGCAACCAGACACGGAAUGGAGCAAGCUUCGCGCCCUGUACGGCCUGGAGAACGAGUCCAUUAACGAGCGGCACCGCCAUAGAUACGAGGUCAACCCAGCAUACAUCGAGCAGCUGCAGCGAAAGGGCCUCACCUUCAUCGGCAAGGACGAAACAGGUGUUCGGAUGGAAGUCAUCGAGCUCCGGGACCACCCAUGGUUCGUUGGCGUUCAGUUUCAUCCCGAGUACCUCAGCCGAGUGCUGCACCCUUCAAAGCCAUAUCUUGGCUUCAUCGCGAGCGCGGCUCGCAUGUUGGCUGAUAUCACAUGCGGCGAGAACGGUGCGCCCGUUUCAGCGAUAUACGAAGAACUCAAUGGACACAGGACGAAUGGGUUGGUCAACGGCGAGAAAGCGGCGUUUUAACCUCGAUAUGCUUCCUCGCAACAGGAUUAUGGCUGGCGUCGGAAGGAGGGAGGCUGAUACCACGCGGCGCAUUGGAUCAAGCUGCGGACUUGGUGUGGCCAUUUUCUAAGCAUGGAGUUUGCGCUGUGUGUUAUUGCGCAGAGGCAGACGAUGCCCACGGAGGGGUGGAUCUGGAAAGGAGUUGCACGUAUAGAUCGCCAGCCUUACAGCUUGGUAUGUUAUGAUGAACCUUUGUCAAGCUCAUUGUUCACGCAAGGCUCGGGGUAGGAGAAAGGGUGUAAGAGUCAGCAAGUGUGAGAUUCAAUGGCAUAAAGCUCCACGUCACACUCAUCGUUCAUUUGAAG